CUUAUCAGCUUCCAUGGGUACAACGUUGUGCCGGUGGAGGCACAGCGGUGUUUGCGAGCUGCGUUUAGCAUGGGCCAGUCGAGGGUUCAAGAGAAGAACUUCCAUGGCCAUCGCCAGGCUACAAAGCGAUUCUUCCAGAGCCCCAAGAUGACGAAUUCCCGCAGGUGGAUGCAGCCCGUCCAGGACAAGCUCGCGAGCACAGACUACAAGUACAACGAGGUCGACUACAGGAAGCUUCCGAGGAACAGCCCAAUCGCGGUGGGCAAAGCUAUGCCGAAGCGCUUCUUCGACCCGCUGAAGAAGAAUACAACUUUGAAUUUCAAGAAGAUUGCGAGUACGCUUCUUCGCAAGAAAGGUGCUGGCACCGAGUUCAGCUUCUCGUGUGGAGUGGUCGGUGGAAGUGCAGUUCGCCUGUGGCCUGCGGACAAGUCCGUCUCGACAGAUGGCAAGGUGACGUGCUACUUCCCGAGGCUCGCCAACGUGAACUACGAGUCUCUUGGCUGGGCCGUGAUCUGCAAACACUCGCAGUGGGAGGUGCAGCCGACUCGUCCUAUCGGGCCCUUGGAGUUAUCUCGCCACGUGUUUCCUGGAGACUUUCAGCCGACGUUCGGAUCCACCUGCGCUUCGGCGCCGUUGGAUUUGCUGGAGGGUGCCGCGCGCGAGGCUUUUUUCAAUUUCCCAAUUGGCGCCUUGAAGAUGCUGCCGUCGCGCACGCACACCCGCCUGGAUGAUGCUACCACGCUUUGGGCAGUUCUCGAACAGCUUGUAUCCAAAUUUGCCAAGCCAGCCAACAAGGAAGAGCUCAUGCGCAUCUUGGCCAAGCGACAGGUGCACGCGUACAACGAAGCAGACGUUCAGAUCGAUCCUGCGAGCUUGGAAGAGGUUAUCGAAUCACCUGACUUGCGGACCUUCGACGAGCUAGAGGAUGACAGCUUCAAGAAAAAGGCAGGGCGUAAAAGCUACAAGAAAUCGUUCAAGACACUCUAUAAGGAAGUACGCGGCCUCGACGGGCCCCCCCCGAAAAAGAACAAGAAACUACCAGCGGAGGUCGUGGCCGCCUCCAAGAAGAAGUAUGCAGCUACAGACCGCAUCAAUGUUGAGUACGCCCGUGCGUUGAUCCCACCUGGGUGCUCGCUCGGAGUCGACACCACCAGAGGGAGGUGGUACGUGAGAGACGAUGCCAUUGGUUUCAAUGCUGAGCGCUCUUGGGGCCGCUGGGGCCCCGUGGGCUCGUCGACCAUUUGCGUGGAGCUAGUGCGGCAGCACCUGGACGAGGCCAACCCCCACGAGUGGCUGAAGGAGAUCGCCGAUGAAUCUCUGUC